AUACUUGAUGUUUUGCUGCUGAAAAAUCUACUUCUAUUCUUCUUGCCAAAGUCUGGUCAAGUUCUUGUUGUUUUGUUCAAUUCUAAUACUGAAACAACAACUAAGUUACAUAGGCCUACACAAAAGGCUGCCAUCUGGUAUCAGAGUUGUUGGUUUGUAGAAGCAAUAUCAGGUGCAAGGUGAAGAAAGGAAAUCCUUAAAACUCCAUGGCGGCCACAAUUCCAAAUUUUGAUGGUGAGAACUACGAGUUUUGGAAUGUGAAGAUGAAAACUCUAUUUCUAUCUAUGGAUUUGUGGGAUAUGGUAGAGAAUGGGUACCACGAUGAGACUAACAGGGAGAACCAAAAGAAGAAUGCUGAAGCACUUUCUCUAAUCCAGCGAUGCGUCUCAGACUCGAUCUUUAAAGCAAUCAUGAAUGCUGAAAGAGCGCAAGAAGCUUGGAACUUUCUUCAAGAGAUAUUUCGAACAGAGGAAAGGCCAACUAUUCUACCGAUUAAAGCACUCGCAAAAGUAGUACCCGCAAAAGUAGUACCCGCAAAAUUCUUAGCAGUCAUAAAAGCCUUAGUACCCGCGAAAAUCUCAAAAUCGAAGGAAACCAAUUUGAUAGUGGCUACACUGAUAGCAACGGUGACCUUCGCAGCAGGUAUCACCAUGCCUGGUGGCUACGUUAAUGAUAACAAAGACCCGAAGCAAGGAAUGGCAAUUCUAACAAGAAAAGCAGCUUUCAAAGCUUUUGUGAUAACAGAUACCAUUGCCCUGACAUUAUCCAGUUUUGCAGUGCUUACCCACCUCUAUACUAUGACUGACCACCCGAUUUUACUAGAGCUGCAACUUGGUUUAGCUUUUCCUUGUACUGCUUAUGCUAUGUUUGCAAUGUUGGUGGCAUUCAUUACAGGGACAUAUGCUGUGUUAGCAUCUUCAAGCCUUUCUAUUUUUGUUUGGGUAAUCCCUUCCAUUCUGUCGGUCCUGUACGCGAUUUACUACGCGUUUUUCCCACUACUGUUGUCCGAUGACAUCGAACGGCACUCUCGCACUCUCUCUCCCAAGCGAGCAAAAUCUAUAGUUUAUGAUUUGGGAUUUGCCGAUUUGAGCUCUGAUGAGUGCACCCAAUCUGUAUCAGUUUCAGUAAUUAAGUAAAUAAAAUCUGUGCUUAUUGUUCCA